AUGCUCUCCUUACUCGCCGUCUUUGUUUUCUCCGCUACCGCUGUCCAGGCCGGAAAGCGUGGUCUCACGUGGACCUAUUACAAUACUCCCCUUAACCCUUCCGUUCUCAAUACUGGUAGUGGAGAGGUCGUUGCCAUCUAUGAUUACGAGACCUAUGCUCCGCCUUCUUCGAAUGGUGAUGGUGAUUUGAACUUUAUCGGUAUGCAGCGUUGCACGGACUGCGACAGCAGCCCUAUUGCUGAGCUCGCUAGCCGCCAAGCUGCUCAAGGCUGGGACACCGUGUUCACAUUGAACGAGCCAGACGUAAACAGUAUCUCUGCGGCUGAUGCCGCCUCCUGGUACAGUGAAUACAUAAGCCCCUUGACCAUCAAAAAGGCCCUUCCUGCGGUGACCUCGAGCACAACAUCUGGACAAGGUCUCAGCUGGCUCUCUGACAUGAUCAGCGCCUGUAACGGUGGUUGCAGCGCCGAUUACAUCAAUCUGCACUGGUAUGGAACGAGUUUCACCGACUUCCAAAGCCAUGUCGAGUCCGCGAUCAGCCAGUUCCCUAGCUACAAGGUGGUAAUCACCGAGUUUGCCCUGACUAACCCUGCCGGUGGCGCAUCCGAUCAGGUGGCCUUCUUCAAAGAAGCCUUUGCUUGGCUUGACACGGUAGAUGAAGUCGUCUACUACUUCCCAUUUGUUGCGACUUCACCCUCCCUCCUUUCUGCGAAUGAUGCCGGUGCCGUCUCGUAUGUGGGGACGGGAUCUUGUCUGUUCAAUGACGAUGGGACUGCUUCGACGGUGGGAGCCCUCAUGAACUAG